AUGCGCCGUGCUGGGCUGUGCACGGUGGCACGGACAACCUGUGCCGUCGGCAGCGCUCUGGUGGACCAGGCGCUUCUGUCGCCCUCACCGGCGUCGUCGCUGCCACACAACUACUCGGGCAUGUCGGCCCAGCGCCGCCUUCGUCACUCCAGCGGCCUUUUCGCGUGCAGCCGAAUCGUUCGCUUUGACCUGCGCAAGCACGAGAUGGAGAAACGACGUCUUCGCGAGCUGGAAAAGGCCGGCAUCAACCCGACUGAUGACGAAGACGCGCCGUGGAUCGCCCCGGAGGAGCAGCAGCGGCUGGACGAGGCAGAGGAGCAGCGACGUGCCGAGAGGGAGGAGCAGAGGCAGGGCUUUAUGAAGAAGCGCGCCGAGGAGGAUGCGGUGAGGCGGCGAAAGUUCAAGGAGUUCCGGGCAAAGCAGAUUGCCAUGAGUCGGCACCGCAAGGAAACGAUGGCAGAGAAGAAGGAGGAGACGCGGCAGCACCGUCAGCAGACGAGCCGCGUCAACUUUGUUGAGGAAGUGGGAGCUGCGGAGGAUGACACCAGUGUGGGUGUCGGCAGCGCCCCUGUCAAAGCCACCUCCCAUAGUGGCAUGCAAUAG